AACCGUGUUGCGCAUUAGUUUCUGUUCAGCGCCAUCUUGUCUGCUCGCGUGAAUACACCUAACCGGUUGGCUAAAAGGACUCAGCGGAGCCUCAAGGAAGCUCAACGCGUUCUCGCAUCUGGCAAUUACCAAAGACACUGAGGCAAGCCAAUGGAGCCGGCCGGUGUGAUAAUGAAAGAACCCAUGGCCUACAGCCAUACCGAUGUGGCACUGCACAUGGCACCCACGCCGGCGGCAACCGUGGUUACCAAUCAGCCGACCACUACCAUCAUAAACUUGGGGCAAAACAGCUUUCUGUACCCCCGUGGCAUACCACGUGACUGGUCUACGCCUCUCUGCGGCUGCUUCGAGGAUUGUGCUGGAUGUCUGUGCGCCUUCUUCUUUUUCCCCUGCUACGAGUGUCACGUGGCCACCAAGAUGGGCGAGAACUGUUGCACGCCCAUCUGCGUGCCAAACGGCACCAUGGUGAUGAGGGCGCACAUCCGUGGGCGUCAUAACAUUCAGGGGACACUGAUCAACGACUGUUGCACGGCAGCUUUCUGCUCCCAGUGCGCGUUGGCUCAGCUUUCCCGUGAGAUCGAUAACAUCAAAGGCGGGCGUGCCGCACCAUAAGGAGGCAUCGACAGCAGACAUCAAGGCCAACUGAAUCAGAAUUUUAGUAGCACUUCCUUUAACCAAGAGUCAUCAUGUAAAUUUCCUUUUAAAAAAAGGUCAGAACAACGUGUUCCAAUUUUUUUCGUUUUAUAAAGUGGUCAGUACUCACUGAGUCGACUAUCAAAGAGGCUCGCACGCAGGUCUAAUACAUCCACAGACACUUCUUUGUAAAUUAGUAAAGUUGAUUCGUAAUAAACGAUUAGCACUUUCAAACACAGAGAGGUACUUAAAAUUAAGCACAGAAAGGUAAUUGAAUUAGUUUUGAGAUGACUUUGCAAAAUAUCACCCUUCGAAUUAUUCAUUUGAUUUUGAACACACGAUUGUGCAUAUUAAUUCAUGUUAUUAACUUUUUUCCACAUCGUAUGAAUGUCAGUAUCUUUUGUUUGCCGCAUGGAAGAAUUAGCCAUCCAUGCGCACCACUCAACUUUCGUGCAGGCUUUUUUUUCAGAUUUUCAAUCUUUAGAUUUUGAAAUAGGCCAAAAUAACGAAACGUAUUAUUAGUUAGAAGACAUGCCCUUUGAAGAAAAACAGAAUGCUGUAACCUGGUUUGUUUGUUUGUAAUUUCCUAUUUUAUAAAACUUUUUUCAUUUGUUCCAUACUUUCUUUUGAGUUUUUUUUAUAUACAUGCCCUCAAAUUAUCGUCCCUUUAUAAUGUAGUCAUGUCAUGCAGUAUAUAUAAUGUAGGCCUAUAUAGCUCACGCGUUAUCUGGGGCACUAGAACGUAAUAAUGUCAGAUAUUUGGGAAUAUUUCCAAACAACGGUUUACAGUAUUGAACCUUUUGAGGAAGGAAACGGUUAGUAGUGCUUUAAACAAAACUUAGGAUGUGACGGGGGGGGUUAUGUGGGGGUAAACUUGUACCAAUCCAUUUGUUAAUUUCACUUAAUCUACUUGGCGCUAUUUUUAUUCUGGUAAAUCUUUGCACACGGAAGCAACGCCACACUAAUCAUGAAUCAUUUAUAAUCUGCCCAACAAUUAAAACUGGGUCCAAUUUUUCAUCAAAGAGA